AUGGGUAAACCCAAGGGAGGCAGGGCAGCUCACUUGCUGUCUCCUAUCAAGGUUUGCCGUGGCAAGACAAAGGAGAAGGCAGCAGCUGAUUCCGUGAACGGAGCCAGGGCGGCCAAAGCUUUGAAGCUUGCCAAGAAGAAGGCACUUCGUGAUGCCGUGAAGGAACGCAAGAGGAACAAGCAGUCCAAGGAGGACGCCGAGCCCGAUGCCGUGGAGACCCCCUCCAGCAAGGUCCGCCGGACUACCUCCCCCGACAGUGCGCAACGCAAGAGUGUGGCGGACUGCAUGGACGUGAAGCAGAAGGCAGUGGCUGCGGGCAAAACGGUGGCGGCUUACCUCAGCCAGCACCCUCGCAAGUCGUUGAAGAAGGACUUGGAGGCCGAAGCCGAGGAGAACUAUACUGAAAUCCUGUAA